AUGCUUUUCUUGUACUCUUUACUCAUUUCAACCGUAAACUCGGUUUCAAUCGACAAUGAUAUCAUUGGUGAACCAGAUAUCGAAUGUAUGGAUGAUCGGAUUCGGGUUUGGAUAAAAACGAGAAAGAUUUUUACGGGUCGAAUUUAUGCAAAGGGUAAAGCGGAAUCGGAAGAUUGUUACAAGGACGAUUUCCAGAAAGAGCGCACAAAGAAACCCAUGUUUGAUUUGUCGUUUGUUCGUGGUUGUGGAAUGAGAAGUCUUCGAUCAGUGGAUCCGCGGGGAAUGUACUAUGGAGUGACCAUUGUCGUCUCUUUUCAUCCACUUUUCAUCACAAAAGUCGAUCAAGCCUUUCACGUGAAAUGUUUCUUCGAGGAAGCGAAUCGAGGACUCACUGCUGAAUUAGGAGUCAGUAUGAUUCCAACAACAGAAGUCGAAGCAAGACACGGGAUUCCCGGUUGUUCCUACACUAUUCACAAAUCAUCGAUACAGGAAAUCGAUGCCGGCAAUCCAGCUGGAUCAUCGAUUCAAUUUGCUAGAGUCGGUGACAAAGUUCUUCAUCAAUGGCACUGCAAUGAUCAAAUGUUCGGCAUUCUGAUCAACAAUUGCUAUGUAACAGACGGUUUUGGGAAAAAAGCCGAAGUGAUCGACAAUAAUGGUUGCCCAGUCGAUCCAAUCCUCAUCACCGGGAUUCGCUACUCGAAAGAUAUGCAAAGAGCAUACGCUGAAUCACAGGUAUUCAAAUUCGCGGACAAGCCAGGCGUUUGGUUCUUUUGUCAGAUUCAAAUGUGCAUGAAAAAAGCCGGAAUGUGUAAAGGGAUUACGCCGCCAAGUUGUGCCUCGAUUGCGCCGGAUAGCUCGGACGUUGAAGACGGCGAUUUCCCGCAACCGGGCGCCGUCGGAAGGGGACGAUUCGGGGGGAAAAAGAACAAUCUCGACUACGAGAAUUCAAUCGAUUCGGACGGGGAUUACGAUCUAAAUACCCAACGAAUAGCAAGGGAAUUCGAAGAGGAUGAGAAUGAGACUACGCCAAAAGGAAAGAAAAGACCGAAAAAUAAAUACCCGACUGGGCCGCCGGAUUAUGGAGAAAGCGAUGAUUUUGGUGGAGCCGCGAAUGCCGGAGACUAUGACUCGAGUCCUGCGAAAUUUCAUGGAUCCGAUUCUGGUGGUGGUGCCUAUGCUUUACCACCGACGACUCCAGGAAACGAUUUUCAAUUUGACACCGAAGCUACAACUCUUUUUGGGCCACCCGUUUCUCUAAACAAAAAGCACACAAAAGCGACGACAAUUGACACUGUGACGGUGACUGAAACAUUUGAAACAAAUGACGACUUGCAGAAUUUUGGUACAACGCAGAAAGGGACGACAAAACACGAUUACAACGACUACGAGGAUGUAACAAUUCCACCGAAUCUCACCGAUCUUUUAGCCAAUUUACCCGAUGAUAUCAAUGCCGAUAGUUUGCAGAAAAUGUUUAGAGACUCGGUCAUCGAUCGGAAAACCUUGCUUGAGAGUAUGGAUAUGUUGAAGAAAGAGAUGAUGAAAGAGAACGCUCAUGUGCUGAACUCACACGCAAGAAGAGUGGGCAGAAGUGGAGAGAAAGUCGAUCAGAUACAGGUUGAUUGGACAUCAGCUCGAAAUCGUGAUCAACCAUUACCGAUGAGUGUCGAGAAAAGAGAAGCAUUGAGUCGUUUAUCGGAUUUGGAAAGAACAUUGAAAAUAAUUGGGAAAAACGAGACAGAAGAUGAGACAAUGAAAGUACGAAGGGAGACAACGAAAAAAGAUGAUCCAAAAGAGGCAAAACCGCAAAUUUCUGGUCAGCUGAUAAUCUAUGAGUUGGACGAAGAACCGCCAAUGGAAGCUGCACAAAAAAGCAUGGCCGAAUGUGGUCUCUCGCAUUCGAUUCUUCUAUGGUCAUCCGCGAGUUUUGGUGGUCUCUCCGUUGCUCUUUUUAUUCUCCUUCUCAUUGUUUCCGUCAAAUAUUUUCGAUUAUCAAGAGCAAAAGAUGUCUCGUUUUCUUCUCCGCGUCGACAUCUCACCGCUCACGAAGUUUUCUCUCGAAAUCGAUCGAAU